GUGCCGAUUAUCUUGUUCUUGUCGUCCUUCAUUAACUGACUCUUCGUCUCUCCUGGCCUCUGUGUACCCGAUUCCCAAAACCCAAAGCUCCUAAUCCUCCUAGUGCCAGUUACGUUCUGGUCAUAAUUGCAGAAAACUUGGUUGAAAAAGUUGUGAUAAAAAAAUUGAGAUCGGAAAAUAUUGGAAUGGCUCAGGCAAUCGAGGAAUGGUACAAGCAGAUGCCUGUAAUCACCCGCUCCUAUCUCACAGCCGUUGUUGUCACCACCGUCGGUUGCUCCCUAGACAUUAUAUCACCAUAUAAGCUGUACUUGAACCCUUUGCUAGUGGUCAAGCACUAUCAGUUCUGGCGUCUCGUCACCAAUUUCUUGUACUUCCGGAAAAUGGACUUGGACUUUAUGUUUCACAUGUUCUUUCUUGCUCGAUACUGCAAGCUCCUUGAAGAGAACUCAUUCAGGGGAAGGACAGCUGAUUUUUUUUACAUGCUGUUAUUUGGUGCCACUGUUUUAACUGGAAUUGUUCUUCUCGGAGGCAUGAUACCUUACUUGUCAGAGUCGUUUGCAAAAAUUAUAUUCCUGAGCAAUUCAUUGACAUUCAUGAUGGUAUAUGUGUGGAGCAAACAAAAUCCUUACAUACAUAUGAGUUUCUUGGGCCUUUUUACUUUCACAGCAGCUUACCUUCCAUGGGUUCUUUUGGGAUUCUCUGUGCUUGUUGGUGCUAGCGCUUGGGUGGAUCUACUGGGAAUGAUUGCUGGUCAUGCCUACUAUUUUCUUGAAGAUGUGUAUCCACGGAUGACAGAUCGUCGGCCCUUAAAAACUCCAUCGUUCAUUAAAGCACUAUUUGCAGAUGAGCAUGUUGUAGUGGCAAGGCCUGGAAAUGUACGUUUUGCUCCACCACCUGCAGAGGAUGUUCUUCAAGGUUAGUCAAGACUGAGAACUGAACUUAUGGUGGCUAUCCCUCAUCAGGCAUCAGAAACGGUUAACCAUCAUCAUGAAUCUGUUGGUUCUGUAAUAUAUUGAAAUUUACGCUGAUGUGCUAAUUGCUUUUUGUGCAUUUGUUUAAUUUAAGGUUUAGCAAACAUAUGAUCAAAGGUUCUACUAAGAUUUCAGAAAAUUUGUGUUCCGUUUA